UUUUAUGCCUACCAGAUCCAGCUUAUUACUUCUCAUCGCUCUUGCUCCUGUCUAUAUAACCCUCCUCUUUUACCUUUUCCCCACCUCAGAUCUCAAACUGUCUUCCUUCAGACUUUUCACGAAGCUUCCUAAAGCAUCGGCACCAAUCUUCAGCAGACUUAUUUCAACGUCAACAAUGUCCUCGGUUCAAAUCGUACCAAGGAGAAGCGAGGAGAGGGGUCAUGCUGAUCAUGGAUGGCUAAAGACUUUCCAUACGUUUUCAUUUGCCUCGUAUGUUUCACCCGGAGUCUCGUCCUCUUAACUAAAAGUGUUGCCAGGUAUCAAGAUAAAAAUCACGACUCCUACGGUUGUCUUCGUGUCAUAAACGAGGAUCGCGUUGCGCCCAAGGGUGGUUUCGGUACCCACUCACAUCGAGAAUUUGAAAUCUUCUCAUACGUUGUCGACGGUGAACUAGAACAUAAAGACUCGAUGGGAAACAUCGAAAUCCUCAAACGAGGCGACCUACAACUCACCUCUGCUGGUACAGGGAUUUCCCAUGCCGAAAAGACGCCUCAGAACGCUACAAAUCCCGUUCACUUCUUACAAAUCUGGUCAUACCCUUCUAUUCCUGGUCUGAUACCAAAGUACUUUACUCGGCAUUUUCCGGAUGAAGACAAGUUGGACAGGUUUCUAGCUGUUGUUGCACCUGUUGAUGCGCCAGGUGUUCAGAAAGACCAGAGAGAUGGGGAUGGUCCGGCUCCUGUACAGAGUCCGUUGACAAUGUAUGCUUCGUUAGUGACUCCAGGAAGGGAGGUUAGCGUUCAAAUGAGAGGAAAGAAGGGGUAUGUGCACCUCGUUAUGACCAGUGGGUAUACUACUGGGAAGGCGAAGGGCGGGAGUAUCAAAGUCGCUGAUAAGGAGGUACUCAGGGAGGGUGAUGGUGCCUACAUCAUGCAGGAACAUGGAAAUGAAGUAGUUGUGCAAAACGUGGGUGAUACAACCGCGGAGGUUAUUUUCUUUGACAUUUUGGCAUAA